GAAAUUCUACAAAGCAGUUGCUGCUCACGCACGGCGCUGUCGGCUGUAUAUUGAAAAGGAACGUUAGCAUUAGUAUUCUCUGGCGGGAAAGCCUUUGUGUUUGCACCAUAGCCACCAUAGGAGAAGUAGUGUAAAAUAAUAAACAGUACUGCGUUUCGGACGGGCAAAUUUUUAAUAAACGAUUGUCCCCUAUUAAAAGAAAAAUGUGGUGCUCGUAUUUGUAACGAUUCAAGGUUAUUCAGUAUAAAAUCGAUAAGCAUUCGUGAUACGAGUAGCUUUGUAGCUUGAAAAAAGCAUGGUACGAUUGAUACACGUGUUUAGAUCGUGAUUACUUCUGCAACUAUGGAGAGGAGCAGGAGAUCUACCAAGAGAAGGAAAUCGGUGGAAUCGGAGCAACACGAAGUCAAACGGUCGAGAGAGAACAGCGAUGAGUUUGAGUUUUCAGACGAGUGUAAAUGUGGUAAAAUCAAGAAGAUCCUAGUACGAAAUUUCAUGUGCCACGACGCCUUGGAAGUAAACUUGAACCCGAACGUAAAUUUCAUUGUCGGAUGUAAUGGAAGUGGCAAGAGUGCAAUAUUGACAGCUUUGACAGUUGGUCUGGGUGCUAAGGCAAAUGUUACCAGUCGUGGUACAUCUGUGCAAAACUUCAUAAAGAAAGGGAAUAAAUCAGCGCUGAUUGAAAUCACAUUGCUUAACAAAGGACUUAUGGCGUAUAAACAUGAUCUCUAUGGUGAUUCGAUAACUGUUAUUAGAACCAUUGGAAGUGGAGCAUCUUACAAGAUUAAGAAUUGGAGAGGAGAAAUAGUGUCGACAAAACGAAAUGAGUUAAAUAAUAUCCUGAGAGCAUUGAAUAUUCAAAUAGACAAUCCUAUUUCUAUAUUGAAUCAAGAUAUAUCGCGAACGUUCUUAGUUUCCUCUAAGCCAGAAGAGAAGUACGAACUGUUUAUGAGAGCAACGCUUCUAGACGUAAUUGGUACCAAUUAUGAAACAGCUCAAUCGAGGUGCCAAGCAGGCUAUGAUAAAUUGAAAGAAUAUAACAAAAUUAUAUCCGAGACCCGCAAAGAGCUGGAACAGUUGAAGAUGAAUAUAAAGAAAGCUGAAGAAAUCAAUGAAUAUCGGGAAGAAGUACCUGCACUUGAAAUGGAAUUACUUUGGGCAAUGGUUAUGGAGAGCGAAAGGAAAUUAGAAGAAGAUACGAAAGCUUUUCAACACUGUGUUGAUAAUGUGAAGAAAUUGACAGACUCGGAAUCGUCUACUGAAUCGAGGAGUGCGAAAAUAGAUGAAGAAAUUCAAAAAUUAAAGGAUAGGAUUAAAGAAGUAGAGGAAGUGAGUAACAAUGAUUCCACAUCGUAUUAUGCAGUCAAACAGGAAUAUAUUAUGAAGAAAAAUGCGCACUCGAUAAAAACCCGAGAGUGGCAAUCUGUCCAAAGUAAAAUAAAAAGAUUCGAAUCUGAUAUCGCUAUGCUUAAGAAGGAGAUACAUCGAUUAGAAGAUGAAAGUGGAAGGAAUGAAAUGAAACAAGAGUUGACUGUAUUGACAGAAAAGUUAACUGAGACCGAAGCGUUACUGACUACCAAAGAGACACAUAAAAUGCAUUUGGAAAGUGAAAGAAUCCGUCUUGUGGAAAAAAUGCGAGCUUUAAGAACUGAGAUCGAUAACUAUAAUCAUCGAAUAGAGAAAAUCAAGCGCGAGAUAUACGCGAGGAAAAAGACUUCGAACGAUGCUAUAACCGUGUUCGGCCCGAAUGUACCUCGUCUUUUGAGGAGAAUCGAGGAAGAAAACAAUAAAGGACACUUCAAAGAGAAACCGCGAGGGCCGCUUGGAUCAUACAUAAAAAUGAAGCAUCACGAGUGGACUCCCGCUGUCGAACACUUUUUGUCGCCAAAGUUCUUGAGUGCAUUUUGCGUAGAUAACAGUCGCGAUAGCAAACUAUUAAGUUCGAUUGCAAAAGAAAUAUACAUGAACGAAUGGAUUCCGCAAAUCAUAUGCAGCAAAUUUUUUCAUGCCGUCCAUGACGUCAGCAAUGGUUGCGUCCAUUCGUCGCAGUACUCUAAUCUUUUGGAAGCGAUGAAUACAUCGAAUCCCGUGGUUGCCAAUUGUCUUAUCGAUCAGCGCGAGGUCGAAUGUAUCCUGCUGAUUCCGACUAGCAACGAAGCGGCUGAGAUUAUGUCAGAUGCUUCGCGAAUCCCGCGAAACUGUAAAAGAGCGAUAACUCUGCAGUGCGACAUAUUUUUCCCAGAUCCGCAUUACAGGAGUUACGGUGGCCCUCGUAAUCUGAAAGGGAGAUACCUCCAAGCUUCUGCCACGGAUCUUAUUGAUGACUUGGAAGAAGAGAUUCGUACUAUAGAAAAAGAGAAAAAUGCCGCUGUGCAGUCGUACAGAGCAGCUCAGGAAAAGGAGAAGCGUAUAACUUCCGAGUUGGACACCGUUGACGCGGAAGUUACGAAGCUGUCAUCUUCGCAAAAUCGUUACAAAACAUCGGUCACUGAUCUAAACGACAAAAUUAAAAUGAGCGAAGCGAUAAACUUAACAGUAUUCAAAAAUGAGUUGAUCGAGUUGGAGCAGAAGUUGACCCAUGAAAUGGAGGAGGAAGCGAGUUUAAAUAAAAGUGUAGCUGAGCUUCGGAAGUUGAUUGGUUCGCUGGCCGCAGAUAUUAAACGUCACGAAAAUCUGACUCAACAAUCGGGCGCGAAGAUCGUUUCUAUAAAGGAGGCUAUAAAGGAACUGAACGACGAAAAGGAGGAUUUACACAUGAAAAGUCGUUACGCUGCGAAGAAAUUGGAGGAAGCGCAGCAUCGCUUGCAACAGGUGACGGUAACUGUUGAACAACAGCGCAGGUCUACAGAAAAGGCACUGUCCGACGCACGUAGUCGUUGUGAAAGGAUAAAUACGGAGAGGUCUCCCAGCGAGAUUCAGAGAUUAAUUUCCGAAGUAAAAAGUAAAAUACGUGAGAUAGAGCGACAGAUUGGGAACAUAGAUGAACUACGUAAAGAGUUGAAGGAGAAAGAAUCGAAAUACGGCAAGGACCUACGCCUGGUUACCAAAAUUGAAAACACUUACAAGACGCAUUUGAAGCGGCUAGAGCAACGGAGACAGACAUACGACAAAAUGAAAAAGGUAUACGGAGAGAAUAUUCAAGAGGCAUUUGCAACCAUAUUGAAGUUAAGGAACAAGAAAGGUACCAUUAAUAUUGAUCAUGGACGGAAAGUACUAAACCUAGAAGUGCACUCGCCGAAUAAUAAUGCAAAGCCAGUGACCGAUACGAGAUCAUUAUCAGGUGGUGAAAGAUCGUAUUCGACCGUUGCUUUUAUUUUAGCACUUUGGGAUUGUACCGAGUUACCUUUUUACUUCCUCGAUGAGUUCGAUGUCUUUAUGGAUAAAAUAAAUCGGAAAACAGUAAUGGACAUUCUCUUGGAACACGCACGAACCCAUCCUCAAUGUCAAUUCACAUUUCUAACGCCAUUGGAUACGUCUGCCGUGGAAGUGGAUGAUUACAUCACGAUACACAAAAUGAUACCACCGGUGAGAGGAACUCAGGAAUAAAAAGCACAUACAAAGAUUUUCGUCGACAAUGUAUAACAGCGUUAAUUUAGUUUGUUCCUUUAAAAUAAUACUAAAUUACUAUUAACAGUAAGUUAAUAGUAAGAUUUCGAAGCCGAGCUGUGAAGUUGUUCUGUGAAAUCAACUAAGUAUAGCCUUACUUAUGUACGUUAAGCAUCCUUGAAAGCAAAGUUCAAACAUAUUUUUGUACGUGAAAAUAAUAUAUCUGCAUACGAAUAGA